ACAUACAUGGUUUACAUCACUCUCUUCGUAAAAAAACCCCGAAUGAAUGAAUCGGACUCAGGCCACCGUUCGCAGCUGUUCCGAUCAUUGAAGCUCUUCCAAUGAUUUCUGGAAUGUUACUCAAGGUGCAGGAUUUCAUAUGAAAGACAUCGCGACAGCAGCCAGGAUAUUCAGCGGCUUGGCGGGUCAACAUACAUGUACAUGUACAUGUAACUGGUUCAACCCGGAUUGAUCGUCCGCAAUUGUGGUUGGACAACUCCAGAAUUUUCGUUUGUCAGUGCUAUUUCGUGUACGUGUGCGGCCAACACUUGUAAGUCAAGGUUCACACACAUAAACUACACAAUCAUGUUCAGCUACGGAGCAAAGAAGUACGCUGUUGUUGCACCACCGUCGGGGAUUCUCACGGCGGGGCAGAAAGAGGAAUUUGCCGGGUAUGACCUCCGCUUCGACAACAUCGUGUUCGAGGGCGGAGGCAACAAGGGAUUGGCGGCAACGGGGGCCAUUCGGGUCCUUGAGGAACUUGGCUACUGGGGAAACAUCAAACGUUUUGCUGGGGCCAGUGCCGGUUCAAUGGUUGCUGCACUGGUGGCUGUUGGAUAUAACUCGUAUGAUAUCGAGACAUUCCUGAGAGGUGAUAUCACGAAAGUCUUCCUUGAUGCCAGAUUUGGCAAACUCAGCCUCCUACCUAACAUGCUGAGGAGGUACGGUUGGCAUCCGGGCAAGAAGAUCUUCCACUGGUUCGGUGAGCGAGUCAAAGAGAAGACGGGCAAUGCGGACCUCACAUUUGAGCAGCUGUACCAGGAAAAAAAGAGGGAGCUUUGCAUUACCGUGACCAACAUGAACACCAUGGACUGCAUGUAUUGCCAUGUCAAAACCACUCCCAAUAUGCCCAUCAGACAAGCAGUUCGAAUGUCCGGCUGUAUUCCAGGUGUAUUUUGCCCAGUGGAGGUAAAAAAUGGGAAGACAAAGGACUACUACGUAGAUGGAGGACCACUCUGCAACUAUCCAAUACAUUGCUACGACGGCUGGUAUUUGUCUAUGAAACCAGACGAUUCCCUUCUACAACGCCUACAGCCAUUCGAGCAACUUUCUAAACUCUGGGACCCCAAGGAACGCUUCUCUCCAAAGAACGAGAAAACGAUAGGGAUUUUACUUUAUGCUGGUGAUGAGAGGGAGGUUAUGAAGGAGGAACUGGUGCAACGUUUUGAGAAGUAUAUCGACAAGUCUGAAACGCAGGACCUCCCACCCACCAAACUGGCAAAAAAGCGGAGAGAUGCCAUGCAGAAACUCGAGGACAAGAGGGUCAAGCAUAAAAAGCUGAUGACGUCGUUUUCCAAGUUUCUCAAGGUACUUCAAGAAAGCGACAUCGACCAGAGCGGGACUAUCAGUGUGCAGGAAUUCGAGAAGGCUGUGAACAAGCCAAACUCGGAGUUUACAACCGAAGACAAGAAGCAGCUAUUUGGAGAUGACUUCAGUGACGCCAAGGCACUGUUCAAACGGCUGGACACCAACGGCAAUGGCGAAAUAAACUUCCGGGAACUGAUGGCCUUCGCCGAUAGUCAGGGCUUGGAGAUGAUGGAAGAUUUCCGUGGCUACAGCCGGCAGGAAAUAACAGAUCUACGGAGCUACUUCGGUAUCAUUAUGGACAGCUUGCUGCUCAAUAUGAAGAGAAUCUUCGUACAGGGCUCAGAUGUGCAUCGUACGAUCGGCAUUAAUACCGGUUACCUGGAUACUCUGGACUUCAAGAUGGAGGAAAAAGACCAAACGUAUAUGGUUCAGCAAGGCAAGCUUGGCUGCAUAGCUUUUCUCCGUGAACUCAUUGCCAAGGAAAAGAUGGUCCGCAAGACAUGAACUGCACGGUAGAAAAUCACGGUGGAUUUUGCAUUCGAGAUAUUGAAACGCUCGUGUACCUGUUUGGCUUAGUUUUCGGAGCUAUCUCACAAGCGUGGACGAUGACACUGUCGUUGAGAUCAUGAAACACAUGACGAAGUUGAUCGAGUAUUCCUCAACAUUGACGACGAAAGUGCACCUAUAUCAAGACCAAAGAAAGAAAUUUUUUGGGGGGUGGUGGGGGAGAAGUGUGGUGAUGGGAUACAUGAACAUGUACACACACUCUUGUUUUUCUCUCGAGGACAAUGCUUUGUGUUUCCUUUUGUCCCUGUAAUAUAACACUCUCUCAUAGACUAAGCAAACAAACUUACUGCCGGCAGAGGACUAUUUCCAACAAAUUUAGACCCAACUCCCUAGGACUAAACGGAUUUGUUGUUGUCCCUUUGUGUGUCGGUCCUCGCGGGUUAUGUAGAACACGUACACACGUGUAAGGACAUUUGUUGACAUGUUGGCAUUUAAUAAAACUGACACCUACACCUUGGCACACGAUCCUGAAUCCUGAUCCUCUUCAAUCAUGCCCAUCCCCAACCUACCUUCAGCCUCCCUUCCCGCCUUUGACAGCGAGCCACUGCGGCUUCGCCGUUCUAGUUCGACAGUCAAAUGCAAAUAUUUUUUUAAGCACUUUAGUACUAACCGAAUUGGUGUUGCUGCUAUUUUUACCAUUUAAAAUGGAAUUUUUUUAUAUAUCGUUUUGUACGCGCUUUGAGAAAAAAGAGUGAGUUGAAAUAAUGUAAAAGAAUCUUAUUCAGGGAAUGUAUUUGAAUUUAUCUUAUUGAAUAGAUUAAAUGUAUCAGUUUUAUUUAUGUGUUUUAAUAACAUCACUUGACGCGCAUUGCUUUUUUUUAAUUGUGGAAUUGCCCAGUUUUGCAAAUGUCCUCUUCCAGGUGCCCUUAAUUUGUAAACACUCGGCAUUUACCUUAAAAACAGUUUUUUUCCAGUUACUUUGGAAGAUUUUUGAAAUCGAAAGUCUUAAAGUGAGUGCCAAGUGAACGUUACAUGUGUGUGUCCGUAAUCUGGGCAGAACAUGGGAUGGAAGGUUUUUAUUAACAUUUUGUUUAUAUUUAAACUUAAAGUUGGUUGUAUUGUUCUAUUUACAUGUACUUGUCAUUGAUGAGUUAUUUUUCUAGUCCUCUGUUUUUAGUCUUAAUAAAUUUUAGCCAAAACGAACAAAAAUACAACACGAUGAUGAACCGGUGAA